AUGCUAGGUAUUGUGGCUUUGAUAAGCCAACCUAGAAGGACAGGAGUGGCCCCAUUCAUACGACGAGCCAGCACCGUGCCGAGAGGUACAGACAAGAGCGUAAGACUUGUUGCAGGUCACAGGAAACUGCCAGUAUGGGCUAAAGCAUUUGUGCAACGAGAUAGGAAAAGUGAAAGAGUCGGAGUACCACGGCAGGUGAAAAGAACUAGAGAAAACAUGAGUUAUCCACUGACAUUGCAGAAUGCUUUACUAGAGCUAAGCCAGAGACUGGCAGGGUAUAGUCAAUGCCAUAAAGAUUGUGAGUUCCAGUUUGUUCCAGCAUCACAAGGCCAAAUUGGAAAAGCAGUAGCGAGUCUACUAUUUUCUGUUUGUGUGUAUUCAUUGCGGUUUAGCAAACAUCGAGAUCUCGAGGUUGCAGAUGAAGAAAUACCACAUCAGAUCAAAUCGCUCUCUUCUGUGAUAGGAUUGAAGACGCUGAACAAGCACCAGUUGAAUGUGCUUUUGCGGAAAUUCUUAAAAAUGCGGUCUGUUCUCAAAGAUACUGGACUUGACAUAAAUCCCAACGAGUUUCCUCAUUGGUUCAACGCCGUGACUGCGGCUGACCUGGGUGAUGCUCUACAAGCCCUUCGAAAGUGUCAAUCGAAGGUGCCAGAUUUCAUCACCCAUGAUGUAUUGUUACGAGCUCCAGAUUGCCAGGAUUUUCCCAGGUGGUUGGUUGAGUUCAAACGGAACUCCAAAAGAGUAGUUUCCACUGAUCAGAAUAUGCUGCAACAAUAUACUGUUCCUCCAAUCCUGCACAGUCUCAUCCAAAAUUGCAUGCAAUAUGAUAUACCACAACUGAUCCCUUCUCUAAGAAAAUACCUCAAAGAAGUUACUGUCAAGGAUUUGAAUGCAGACUCAACGAGUUUAGUCAUAUCCCAAAUGAACGAGGUGAUAUGGUACAUCUCCUCUUUGCAAAAGUUGACCUCAAGAGACCCAAACUACCAUGCUACAAUCCAGAAGGCUCAAGCUCUUGUGGCCAAGUUUGCAAUUGAGUUUAGCGAUGGUGCAAAUGCUAAGGAUAUAUUGGAUGUGAAUGGUCUUUUGGGAUUGGCUUAUAGCAUGUCUCUAACAAAUAGUACAGAGACGAGGUCUCUGAUCUCAAUGGCCAAGGACAACUUUGAUUUGUGGAAACUGGAGAGUUUUAGCUUGCCAGAAUUCGAACAUGUGAAUAAAAAGCGUGUUAUCCAUCAUCAGGGCCUGGACUGGCAGACUCGCUUACUCAUAGAGAUACGGUUCAUCCUGGUGGAGCUCGUAUGCUGCAAUACACCCGAAGAGCUCAAGAAGGUGUUGGAAAAAGCUAUUCCGCUCAAACAGAGGAUUAUUUCAAUAUUCCCCGAUUUUUAUGGAAGAGUACUGUCCAAGAUGGACCAGCUCGGAAUUUUGACGGAGCGUAGAGCUAUUCUUGCGUGGGAAUCAUAUUUGGUGCAAAAUCCAGCCCAACUCGAUCACGAGCUGCUGAAACAUGCUUUGUAUGCCAUUGACAAUAUCCCAAGAAAAAACACCCUAUUGAAACAGACAGUUGCUUUGGGAUUCGAAACCAGUCCUGACAUUGCCCUUUCUUACAUCAAAAAGCUCUACUCUUACGGUCUGCUGCGAUCCAGGAGGAACAAUGCUGAGCCGGUGCAAGGAGUAUUCACCGUACUGAAAGACUUGAAAGAUGCUGCUUCUCUGACCCACUUUGAAGUUCCGGGAUUUCAAUCUGCAGUCGAUCUGGCAAGGUACUUGUACGUUCAUCUUGAGCAAAAAGACCGGUCUACCAUUUCCGUUCACCUCUACUACGAGGCCCUAUUGAAUCCCGAAACUGCUUUGGAGAGGUACAUGGAGUUAUCCCACCCAGAGAAGUUUGUAUGGUCUCUUUUACUGGCCGUCUACAGGGCUGAUGAACUACCCAAAUUUCAAGAGAAAGAGAUGAAAUGGGGAGACAGAUACGCCAUUGACGUUGCCAUUGAAGAAUUUCAAAACGUGAUCAACUUCAUGAGCUCCAGCCACGGUCCAAAGGCGCAAUCCACUGUACAAAAUAGCCGGACCUGGGUGCUGUAUAUCAGAUUAUUGAGCAAGUACAACUCUCAAAGCUGGCUUAACGAUAUUCUUCAAUGGUGGGUUGACACGAGAAUUGUUCCCACUCGCUCGCUGUUGGCCUGUCUUCUGGCUCACUUGAAUGACUCUACGGAACUGUACAAUUUCGUCAUGGCCUACCAAAGAAGAGAAGAGAGGUAUCAUGACGGAACCGUCAGAAGUGAACUAGAGAUGAAGCAUCUCAAGUCAAAAGACAAAUAUUUAGCAAUUCCCAAGUUUGACAGCACAAUGGACAAGUUUGUGGGAAGAAUGGAGGCUAAUUACUCAGUACUACGCGAAUGGGACUGGCCCAACUUGAAGGAAAUUGAUAACGCCCGGAAGAAGUACAUAUAG